UUUUAAGAUAAUAAAAUAAGUUAGUGUAUCAUUUAUUAGCGCAUGUGUACAAUAUUGUUUCAUGCUAGGUAAGAGUGUGUCCGUCAGAGGAUCGAUUUUGAUGGCGUUUGUUGUUGUUGCCACUGUUUUCUUAAAUGAAAAGUGACGUGGCGGGAGCAGGCCAGGCAUGAGUGGAGCACACCUGGACGAAUGGCAGAGAAGGUCCUUUGACAUUUCAUCUGGCAACUGUACACCUGAACAGACGGCGGAUGCCUACCGGGCCCACAUCCUCUCCAUUCAGUAUGCAUGGGCAAACUCCCAGCUCUCUCAGGCCGGCAUGGACAGCCUGUUCAGGACCUACUCGGAGCGCUACGCCGCUGUGCUGGACUCUGAUGACCCCCACACAGGACUCAACAACUAUGCAGAGACUGCACUUCAUUUGGCCCGUAGUCAGAAGAACUACAGCGACAAAUGGGAGUCGUCCCUCACUAUGGAGAGUGUGAUGGAGUUGCCUUGCGUGCAGGAGAUGAUUCAGGCUGGGACGAAGGGGGAAGAGUCCCUGGUGGCACCAGCAGAUGUUAACGUAUCUGUGGGACAGGAGGCCGCUACUGCCCUCUCCACUACUGUUGCUGCUUUGAGGUCAGAGGGUCCACUUUUCAAACCUGUAGGACCAGCACAGUCUAAACCAGAGGCCUGCAACGCUUCUAGUAGUCCAACCAAUAAUGUUCUUGCUAGAGCUUCUGAGAGCACGUCUGUUAGUCCCAGCAUGUUCCCCCGUCCUCCAUCUAAAGCUCAGUCUUUGUUUAGCAAUCCCUCCACAGCUCCACAACACAACAACCAGCCCUCCUUCCUCACCACAUCUAACCCUUCUAAACGAAAAAACUUUUACAACACAGAGGGAGAAAGCAGUGUCAGAGGUCAAACUAGUCCCGAUUCCGGACCCGUGUCGAACUUCAAGUCGGCCCGUGAACAGUUCAUUGUUGACCAACAGAAGAAGCAUUCCCAGUGGCAGCAGAGAGCUCCGCCUCCGGGGAUGGCCGCCACUGUGAAGAAGUCUCUGGGUGCCAACAGGCCCCGUGGAGCGUUUUCAAAGUUUGUCUCGCCUAUGCCGCGACAGGAGGAGGAAGGGGGCGGCACGAGGCAGAGUUCCAGUGAGGAACCUCAGAUACUUGAUGAGCGGUUGAAAAACUUUGAGCCCAAGAUUGUGGAGCUGAUCAUGAGCGAGAUAAUGGACCACGGGCCUCCUGUGGUCUGGGAUGAUAUUGCUGGCCUGGAGUUUGCGAAGACCACCAUUAAGGAGAUUGUUGUGUGGCCCAUGUUGCGCCCGGAUAUCUUCACCGGCCUUCGGGGGCCACCUAAAGGCAUCCUGCUGUUUGGACCGCCAGGCACUGGGAAAACUCUGAUCGGGAAAUGUAUAGCUUGUCAGUCAGGUGCCACCUUUUUCAGCAUUAGUGCAUCCUCGCUCACUUCUAAAUGGGUGGGGGAGGGGGAGAAGAUGGUACGGGCGCUGUUCGCCAUCGCCCGCUGCCACCAACCCGCUGUGAUCUUCAUCGAUGAAAUCGACUCUCUGUUGUCCCAGCGGACUGAUGGCGAGCACGAUUCCUCACGCAGGAUCAAGACAGAGUUCCUUGUGCAGCUGGACGGAGCUGCCACCGCCGCGGACGACCGCAUCCUGGUGGUGGGGGCCACCAACAGACCUCAGGAGAUCGACGAAGCCGCCCGUCGACGGCUGGCCAAAAGGUUGUACAUCCCUCUCCCGGCUGGAGCCGCUCGGCAGCAGAUAGUCUCCAACCUCAUGUCCAGAGAGAAGAACCAGCUGAGAGAUGAGGAGCUUGUGAGUAUAGUGACAGCCACUGAGGGCUUCUCUGGAGCGGAUAUGACUCAGCUGUGUCGGGAGGCGGCUCUGGGUCCCAUCCGCAGCAUCCAGCUGAGCGACAUCGCCACCAUCACGGCAGAUCAGGUGCGACCGAUCCUCUACAGAGACUUCCAGGAGGCUCUGAAGACGGUUCGGCCCAGCGUGUCGUCUAAAGAUCUGGAGCUGUAUGAAGAGUGGAACAAGACUUUUGGGUGUGGACGAUGAAAUGUUCAGGUUUACGUUGUUGG